UGAAUCUGCUAGGCCUUAUGCAUAUAUGUCCUCACAGAAAAGCCUAAUGGCCAGCUCAUGAGAUAACGAUUUCGGGCCGUCAACCUGCCACCAAACACAAACACAAGUAAAUACACUACGGUGACCUAAUUGGCAGUGAACAGUCGCGCAUACAACGGUCUCGCCGUUCAAUUUCGCUGGUCUCUCUGAACUUGCCAACACGCUAUCGUCCUUGGAAUUGAAGCCAUGGGCAACACCAGCUCGUCGUCUUCACGCGGCCAUCACGACGACACCGUUGACUAUGGUCAUCUCGCUCCUCAGGGCGUCUACACUGGGCCCAAAGACUGGAAUCAUGGGAUCGUCACCCAGCUCAUCGUAGAUCGCAGGCUUGCCCCUUUCUAUCGACCUCUAGAAGAUUACAAUGAAAACUGGGAUGAUGACCAGAUCAUGUCAGCUAGGAGGGUCCUUCCAGAUACUGACAGCGGCAAUUCCGACACUCCCCCUACAAGGGUCGACUCGCGAGAUUGCACAAAGCCAGCUCAUCAGUCUAAGCGGCCUGGUGCAUUGAAGGAGCCCUCCCGUUAUCCAGAGGCUGCCAUUUACAGAGGUGCUGUAGAAUGUCCAAUAUGUUUCCUUUAUUACCCCCCUAACAUGAACCAUUCAAGGUGCUGCGAUCAGGCAAUAUGCACAGAAUGUUUUGUUCAGAUAAAGAGGACCGAACCUACGGCUACACAUCUCGUAUCUGAGCCAGCAGCAUGCCCAUAUUGUGUGCAGGAGAAUUUUGGUGUCGUAUAUACACCUCCUCCAUGGCGUACUGGAAUCGGGAGCGAUGGAACGUCACUGCCGGUAUGGCCGGACAUUCCCAAAGGCUUGCAGCAGAAUAUACCCAGUGCAGCUCAAAAACGUCGUAAGAGCUUUGGUCACGAUAGUCCGGAAGUGGUCACUACAGAUUCUAUAAGGCCAGACUGGGAGGCUAAACUUGCCGCUGUUCGAGCUGCGGUUACGCGCCGUGCAAAUAGGCGAAUAAUCAUGCGUCAAGUAGGAGACAGACUCAUCCCAGUUGGUGUGACCAGUGGCCGUGUUCAUCCCCUACCGACCGGUGAGGGUCAGGACGGGGGUGAAGUAGACGGCGGUUCAAGUCGAAGAAGUCGGCGACAUAGAAAUAAUGGUGGUCAACCGGAUAUUAGCCAGUUGUUGGGUCAGAUGGGGCUUGGUGGCCAAGAUUUGGAAGAGUUAAUGGUCAUGGAGGCUAUGCGCCUCUCACUCUUGGAGCAUGAAGAACAGCAGAGAAAAGAAGAAGAGAAGCGAAGGAAGGAAGCUGCUGCUGUUGUUUCAGGGGGGCAUGCAGAGGGAGAUACUCCCGGUCGGUCGAGUGAGGAUCAGACGACCACAGACACAGUAGGGAACAGCACUUCCAAUAUCCCAUUGGCCGCCCGGAGCUUGGAGUCGGGAGAGACAAUAGCCGAAGCGAAUCGCGGUGGUGGUCGGGCAAUGACCCCUGUAGCAGGUCAACCAACCUCUUCAUCUCACUCGCAGACACCCGUUGAUACCAGCGCUACUCGCAGUGAUGGGGCAAUCUCGAUUUCAGCCCACCCACAAUGCCUGAUACCGGGCACUUCAUCCCCGAUAAUUGGUGAUGGAACUGUUGAUUCCACAACAUCGGCCGUGCCCGAUGGAGUAACCGAGCUUUCAAGUCAGAAUGCUUCCAUGUAUAUUGACAGCAUGCAGUCAUCCGCAGGGACGCCUGCCAUUUUAUGACGCACUUCCAUCUUCACCAGAAUCGUCAAUGGAGCAACCGUUGUUGAACACGGACUCGGUUUUAGCCAGGGCUGCCGCAAAGGCCGCUAAUUGAUGAUCACCAAUUGCGUGGUACCAGGGGGUGGUGUUAGCUAUCGUGUCAUUCGUCGUUUAUAGAUCCUGGGGGAGCAUCUUUCGUAAUUCUUAAUGUUUGCAUACUUUUUGAGCUUGACAUUUCAGCCUGUUGAAUACAUCACACUGUAUCUAUCUGACAUGUCAUUUCAUGAAUUUGAUUUUGUUUGCCGCUCUCAUACUAU